UGAGUGUGUGUGUCACUGUCUUUACGAUCGUCACCAUUUGAGCCCCAGCGCACAGCACAGCACAGCACAGCACAACAGAGCACUAAAGUCAAGAAGAGACUCCGGCCGUAUCCUGGCAAAACUUAGCGCCUGUUCGCCAGGCAGUCAGCACUUCCAGCAGGAUUAGCCGUUUCCCGUGGGGUUCUGGGACUCUGAUUGGAGUAACAGGAAGAAAGACUCAGCGUCUCAGUCACAGCCAGUGGACGAGGACACUGUCCAGCAGAAAGCCGUCCAGCAGGAAGGACACAGAGACAGCAUCAUCCCUGGCCUUCGCACCCGUGCCCCGUCCCAUCUUGAGCGCAGCCAAUCAAAAGGAGCGCUGUGCUUCAUCAACCCCUUGUUCCAGCAGACACACCAGACAGACACCCCCAUCGCGGAGCCUGGCGUCACGGCAACGGCACUGCCUAGCAACAGCACUGUUGCCGACCCCCAGCUGACCGAUAGCAGCACCCCCCUCCAGAACGGCGCACACUCAGGUCCCUCUCCGAACCAGAGUGAAACAUCUAGCCACCAAAGCAGUUCCGCUCACAACAGCAGUUGUGUUUUGACCCGGGCCAAGAGCGUCUCGCGCUCGCGCUCGCCGCCACCCCCGCGCCCCCCACCUCCCCGCUCGCGCUCCGUCCCCCGCAGACCUGCGCCCCCCAGGCAGAAGAGCAUGCCGGAGACAGCCUCCUGGAUAAACCCUCCCCAGAAGGAGAAGACCAGCCUGCUGGGGCGCCUUGGCUCCUCGUUCUCCUCCUCCUUAUCUUUUUCCUCGUCCUCCUCCUCCCCGCCCAAACGCAUCAGCGCCCCCAUCCCCGUCCCCUCCUCCCGGGGCAAGAAGCCCCCCGUCGGGCCUGAUGUGGACGGCCACCGCUGCCAACUGGCUCUUGACGACCAGACCAUAGAGCAGGCCGUGUCCCUCAGCCUGGCCAAGCUGUCCCAGCGCAACGGCUCCAGCGUGGACACGUGCAGCCCCAGCCCCAGCCCUCUGGAGCCCAGCCAGGACGCAGGGGUCGGCGGGCAGAGGCACGCGGGCGAGGAGGGGCGCCGCGGCCGGACCCGAGGCAACAGCGAGCGCCUGAGCGACAUCAGCUUCUCCACCUCCUCGUCCGACUCGUUGGACUUCUCCUCCCACGGCUUCCCGCUGUCGGCGCCGAGCCCCUCCAAAGCCGGCCGCGGCCUCGCCGGCGGCGGCGACAGCAGCAUGGAGGAAGAGGAAGAAGACGAGGAAGAGGAGGACGGAGACUACGGACGCGGCGCCGAGAGCGACCAGGAGAUGCCGCCGCCCUUCAAGGCCAAGAAGCGGGCGAGCGGCGGCACCUUCGUGCUCCCGCGGGCCCUCCGGGGCCACCUGCGCAAGGUGAGCGGCGUGUUCAGCUCGCUGAUGACGCCCGAGAGGCGGGCGGUGCGGCGUGUGGUGGAGCAGGCGCAGGACAAGGGCACCUACUUCGGCUGCCUGGUGCAGGACCACGUCAGCUUCCUGCUGGAGAACGGCGGCCUGGGGCACACGUCGGGCACCGAGCUCCUGCAGACCCUGCGCCAGUUCAUGACCCAGAUGAAGUCCUACCUGCUCCAGAGCUCCGAGCUCGACCCGCCCAUCGAGUCCCUCGUGCCUGAGGACCAGAUCGACCAGGUCCUGGAGAAGGCCAUGCACAAGUGCGUGCUGAAGCCGCUGAAGGCCACGGUGGAGGCGGCGCUUCACGACUUCCAGGUGAAGAGCGGCACGUGGCAGCAGCUGAAGGAGAACCUGGCGCUGGCCAAGGCGCGGCAGCCGCAGGAGAUGGGCGUGGACGGCGCCCUGCCCCCCGACCCCGUGGCCAUCGAGAAGAUCCGCCACAAGUUCCACACCAUGCACAAGAUGUACUCCCCCGAGAAGAAGGUGGCGCUGCUCCUGCGCGUCUGCAAGCUCAUCUACACCAUCAUGGAGGACCACUCAGGGAGGAUGUACGGGGCCGAUGACUUCCUGCCCAUGCUGACGUAUGUGCUGGCCCAGUGUGACAUGCCUCAGCUGGACACAGAGAUCCAGUACAUGAUGGAGCUGCUGGACCCAUCUCUACUGCAAGGAGAAGGUGACCAGUCAUAUCACUGUUGCUUUCUUUUCCUCUGUGGCCUAAUCUGGGUCCGUCUAGGUUUCUAUUCGGACUAGGGACACUUACA